AUGCCAAACGUCAAAUCACUUGCAGAACUAUGCAUACAAGUGUGCCAAAGGCACAUCACAGAGCUUAGCAGUGUCGGAAAUGGCGAUGCACUUCAAUACCAUCAUGUUCGCGACAUUCUGCUCCGAGUUACCAAUCCAGCCCAGCUCCGCGAAAUCGAACUGAACUCCCCUCACAUCCAAGGCGAAACCUCGGAACUCUGGCAGCGCCUCAUCAAGAAAGAGUUCCCAUCUGAAAGCCAUGAGAAAAACUAUGCGCCCAAAAAUCCAACAAAAUGGUACAAGAUAUACGAACGAUACGCUGAGGAACGUCGAGAGUCACAGCAGCAGGCCGAGGCUGAGUUACGGGCAAAAUUCCAGGGCCUGCAACAAAAAAGAGAUAAUAAUGUCAGCAGAAUCGUUGACCAGAGAUACCUUCCCAAACCCCCAAAAACAGGUCGCACUUUCGGGCUUCGAGGACGAGGGGGAAAGGAGCUACCGGGCACGCUCAGCUUUGCAGCAGGCAGCAGACUAAAGACUACGACGGGCGCCAGUGUCAUGAAGAAGGCUCGACGAGAAGCAGCAGAAAUCGCUGGCAUAAGAAGUCGACUGGCUGUUCCUACAGGCAUGAUUCGAGCUCCCCGAAUCAACAAAGCACCUCCUUCCAUGGCCAACGAUCAUCGGAUUGCAUCUCAACCCAUCUUCCGGCCCACAGCUACCAGCUCCCGUCCUCCAACAUCGUCCAAAACUACUUAUAUUUCUGAUUCCUCAGACGAAGAUGGCGAGGGUCUCUUCGGCGACGGGGCAUCGAGCAAGAAGAAUAGGAACAGUACUUCAGCUGGGCCAAUUUCCCCUGCAAGUAACAGUCGUGACAGAGUAUCCACCUCGGCAAAACCAGUCACACCUUCCAAAACUACGGCUUUAAGAGACCAAAACACUGCGAAUAGGUCGUCGCCUAUUGUGUCUGCUUCGCAACCGACGGGAUUGAAACGUGGCGGCAUCUUGGGAAACGCGCCGAAGCAGAACAGCAACAUUCGAAUUGAGCGACCAAAGCCCAAAGCGGAAUUAGCCGCUUCUGCAACUGCAGAUUCAUCUCGUUCUCACAAGAUGAUCGCUCCACAAAACGGACCGCAGUCACCACCGCCGCUCCCGACAUCCCUGGACGAAAUGCAGCCGUCUCGGUCAAUCAUCGGCAACCCGGACGUGCCAAAGAAGAGGAAGGCUGUCGACAUAUUCAUGCCUAAGAAGAAGAGCAGGCGCUAA